CCUCCUCCCGUCCCUCCCUUCCUCGUCUCCUUCCUUGCCUCGCCUCGCAUCGCUCGAGUUUUCCUUCCCCAUUUCCGAAUUUCCUUCCCCACUUCCUUCGUCGGCGUGCGCGCGUGAGCAAGGGCGAUGGGGGGCAGCUCCAACACAACCACGAGCGGCGGCAAGGACAAGGACAAGGGGGGCAAGGACUCGCCGGCGGCCUUCAUGGAGGGCGACCGGGUGCUCGCCUACCACGGCCCGCUCCUCUACGAGGCCAAGGUUCAAAAAACUGAAAAUCGGGAGGAUGAGUGGCGAUAUUUCGUCCAUUAUCUUGGCUGGAAUAAGAACUGGGAUGAGUGGGUUGCAAGUGAUCGUUUGCUGAAAUUGUCUGAGGAUAAUGUGCGCAAACAACAAGAGCUUCAGAAGAAUCAGACAGUUGACAAAACCAUCAAGUCUGGACGUUCAGCACAGCAUAACCCAAAAGGCUCUAAUGCAGAACCAAAAGCCGAUAAAGAGGACACGAAGGUUCUUGUCAAGGGGAAGAAGCGCAAGAAUCAGCUUGGUGCUGAGGAAAAGGAACGAAGGUCAUCAGAGAGUCCACUGAUGUCACAAUUUCCUUUAACACUGAAGAAACAACUUGUUGAUGAUUGGGAGUUUGUCACGCAGCUGGGUAAGCUUGUAAAACUACCUCGAUCCCCCUCCGUUGAUGAUAUUCUAAAGAAGUAUUUGGAGCACCGGGUAAAGAAGGAUAACAAGAUAAGUGACUCUUAUGCUGAGAUCACGAGAGGAUUACGCUGUUACUUUGAUAAAGCAUUGCCUGCAAUGCUUUUAUAUAAGAAAGAGCAAAAGCAGUAUAAGGAUGAAAUUAAAGGUGACUUUUCACCCUCUACUAUAUAUGGAGCUGAGCAUCUACUGCGCCUGUUUGUGAAAUUGCCAGAGCUACUUGCUUCUGUUAAUAUGGAAGAAGAUGCACUCAACAAGCUACAGCAGAAAUUGCUGGACAUUCUCAAGUUUCUGCAGAGGAAUCAGGGUUCGUUCUUCCUUUCUGCAUACGAUAGUGAUUCUAAAGGCGCCGAUGGAGUGAAGAACAAGUAGAAGCAAAAGAGGGUAUUUGUAUGUUGUAUCUACCAUCUUCUGGAUUUGUACCGCAUGGUUCACACUUCAGUAUGGCUGUUCUUUUCAUAUGGAUGUCAUGGAAAUGUGUGACUUGUGACCGUCAAAGGCCACAUUGCUUGCUAACACCAACUUCAUGUAGCAGACCUGCAGAAGAUAAUUGUUGACGUGCAAACGAGAUCCUGUAUUUGUGUGUCCCUUGUAUGUGCGCCAGUAAUUGAUGUAGGCCACGGACAAGGAUUUCGAAAACUGCUCCGGAUAAACUUCCUGGAACUGACCAGGAGCAUGGUAAUCUUCUCGAUUUUCUUAGGAACUCUGAAUAAUUUUCUGCUCUAGUAACAACUAGAGUUCGAAAUGAACUAAAAAAUCUAACAUUGUUUUGUGCUCU